AUGUCCAAGAAAUCUGCUCCACAACCUUUCUUCUCUGAUAUUUUCAAGGAAACUAAUGAUUUAUUAAAUAAGGACUUCUAUCAUCUAAGUCCAUUGUGUUUAGACGUUCAAACUGCAGCUAAAAACGGUGUCACUUUCAAUGUUAAAGCCAAACAAGCUACUCCACAAGGUGCAUUAACCACCAAUUUGGAGACCAAGGUCAGUGACUUGAAGAAUGGUUUGGUCUUAACCCAGGGCUGGACUAGUGACAAUAAAUUAAACACUAAGUUGCAAUUAGACCAAAUCACCCCAGGUUUAAACACUGAACUAAACACUACUUUCAACCCAAGCAAAAUUUUCCAAACUGCUUCCACUGAAGAUGAAACCUCUGUCAAGAAAUGCUGUGUCGGUGGCGAAGUCGCCAACUUAAACGUUAAGUUUGUCCAACCUUAUUUCAGUGCCCGUGGUGUAUUCAAUUUUGUUCGCGGCGGUGUUCCUAAAUUCUUAGGCGAUUUCACUACUUCCUAUGAAAAUUUCAUCAUCGGUACUCAAAUCGGUUACAACAUCUCUCACGGUUCUAUCUCUACCUACGCCAUGGCUAUGGCUUAUAAACAAGCUGACUACUCUCUAGGCUUACAAAUCGAUGACCAAAGAGUGGCUUCCGUAUCCUUCAGUCAACAAGUUAGCAAUCAAUUAUCCCUGGGUUCUCGUGCAAUCUUGAACCCCCAAAUUAAUGACAAGAAAGUUAAUUUAGAAUUCGUCACCCAAUAUGUCCCAGAUAAAGAUACUCAAAUUAAAGCUAAGAUCUCUGAUUUAGGUGUCUUGUCUCUUGGCUACAAACAAUUGUUAAGACCAGGUAUCACUUUAGGUGUUGGUACUUCCUUCGAUGCUAUGAAAUUGAAUGAACCUGUUCACAAGGUUGGUUGGUCGUUAUCUUUCAACCUAUGA